AUGUACGCAUUGGGAACGUACGAGCUAUAUAACCUGCACUGUUAUAUGGCGAAAGCUUCCCAUACAUUGCAAAAAGGUGCUGUCGUCCAGCACACCGCCAAAGCCCAUAACUUGAAAGGUCAACUGCUUGAAGGGAGCAUGGAAUCUUUGGCAGCAACCAUUCGUUUCGUCACGCUGAACUGCCGACCACUAUCGAGUGAACUCCAACAAGCCGCUCUAUCCAGACUUCUGCGAUAUCUCUGUGUGCCUUUUGCUGCACUACAGGAAACACGCAUGAGAGAUCGGCCCGUCAUCAGCAUCGAAAAUUACACCAUAUACUGCGGCGAUGCUGAUGAGAUCAAAGACGCUGCAAGGGAAACGCUCCCGGUUCUAUUGCCGCGGAAGAAGUUUGCCUUUGCAUCUGCGAAAACAAAAUCCACAUACAAUUCUGUAUGUGUCGCGCGCAGCGCUGGUGACUUCAAUCAGGAAAAGCGUCUUAGAAGGAAGCUGCGUCGUCAACUGCAACAAGACCGCGAUACCGAGUGGACGUCAAGAGCGAUGGAGUUUGAGAAGACGUGGGAGGACAGGAACUCGCGGAAAGCCUAUGCUGUACUAAAACAGUAUAGCGGCAAAAUGAAAAGAUGUUUCCCUGUCCUCAACACUGCCAAUGGGGUAGCUGUCGGUGAAGCAACCCUUCCAAUUUGGAAGGAACACUUCAAGACCUUGCUGAACCGGCUAGCACCGUCAGCUUCUGAACUCAAACACGUUCAUAGACCGACGUAUGCGGUUAACGAGGGGCCACCGACCGAGUCGGAGGUUCUCGUGUGUAUUCAAAAAAUGAAGAAUAGAAAAUCUGGUGGAGACGACAGGAUUAGCGCAGAAAUGCUAAAAUAUUUUCCUCCGUCUGAGAUUCGUGAGAUGACAAAGAUCAUCCGUUCAAUAUGGAUAGACGAAAGGAUACCUGAUUCGUGGAGGCACGCUAUUAUAAUUCCCCUCCACAAGAAGUUAUCCGUCACGGAUCCCAGGAAUUAUCGUGGAAUCUCUUUGCUGCGUGUUAUGUACAAGGUAUUGGAUCGCAUUAUCCUGGACCGAUUCAUUAAACAUCGCGAAGAAACAACGGGCGACGAGCAAGCUGGCUUUCAUCCUGGCCGAUCUACGAUGACCAGGUGUUCAUCGUCAGGAGAGUGA